CGUCACAAAGACUUAAAAUCCUCUAAAUCGUAAAAUAUGUAUUGAAGUAUUCUAUCUACUACUGAAAUAGCAAGAGGUCGAUAAAUAGUAGUUAUAAAUUAAUUGCGUUCAAAGUUGGUUGAGGUCUACGGCAUUAUAAAUACGAUGGAUAAUUCAGAUAAUAAUGCUUGGGUGUUUGAUUCACUGGUGGGAUUUCUUCAUGGACCUGUUUGGAAUGUACCACUACAGACCUUCAUUGAAGAGAAAUCUCUACCCUUCGAGCCGACUGAUUCUGGGGAGGUCCUGGACAGACCUGAAUACAAGAAAAUCCACGAUGAAUACCGCAAUUUGGUGGACGUGAUGCUCGGUUCGUUCAUGGACGAUAUCGGCAUCACAGCUGAUCAGUUCGAAGCUGCAUGCCGUCUCUCCGCACGAGACCUGGCAGGAUUACCUGCGCACUUCCAUCGCCGACUCUUUGAGCAAAUUUGGGCGGCAAAUGAUUACGAAAUGUUCGUCAAGAUGAUGACGCAUAAAAACGUGGAACUGCAACUUCAGGCGCUGGAACUUAUCGAGAGACGAUUUGGGACUAUGCCUAGCAUCUUUUCUGCCGAUCCCGAGGACUUGGAUUCUUCGAGGAGUGACGAAAGUGAAGACUGGCCUGACAACGACGACGUAAUGACCGAAAUCAAAAAACUGCAAAUAGACGAAAUCGAGGGUCAAGAUGAGGUCGUAGCCGUACCGCCAGAGGAAAUGGUGGCGGAGAAACAGACUCUGCUUUCGAAACUGCACAGCUUUGAAAAGAAGGACGAGCUUCUGGACAAAAAGCAGUUGAGUCCAGAGGCCGUAGUCAAACCAACUGUUAUUGAACCUCCAAAACCACCGCCGAAGAAAGCACAGGUGAAACAAGUAAGUGAGGAGGAAGUGCGGGCUAGACAAGAAUACCUGAAGCAGCAGCGUGAUAAGCUGCUGGCGUUGAAGAAGCAAGUUCGUGAGAAGCGAUUGGAUGCCGCAGACACCGGACUUGAAUCUGGAGGUGGUGAAGGUUCUAAAGGCAGUGUGGGCCGACCUCGCUCAGCAAAAGUGGCCCAGGCGGCGUUGAAGGGGACCCCGCCGCCACCGCCUCCUGACGCCAUGCAGCUACGACGAGCGCUCGCCUCCAAACUCAAGACUGAGGUGGUAGAGUCCAACCACUGAACUAGUUGGAUUGGCGCUGUUGUUGUUGGCCGAUAAUCGUCUGUACAUCGAUUAUUUUCUAAGCCUCUAAAAUAAUAAAUCUAAAUAUCGAUAUGGCUAUCGAUUAAAGCGAUACUAUCGAUAUUGAAAAUUCUACAAUUGUAUCGAUUUUAAUCUAAUAAUUGUUAAGAUAUAAUCGAUUAUAUCGCUACUAUCGAUUGAUAAUAAUCAAAUAAUAGGUAAAAUAGUAUUGUUCAUCCAGAUUAUGCAACAAUACUAUCUUAACCAAUACCUCGAUAUAAUCCUCUUUUUCGAUAUAUGUAGAUCAAGUCGAUACUAUCGAUAGGCAUAUUGUUAUUUACAUUAUUUAGGGGGCCCAUAAUCGAUUAUUCGGCAACACUACACUGAGCAAACACGUGUGUUCUAUAUAAUAAUCUUAUUUAUUGAUGUGAUUUUAACUUAUUA